AAGAAGAAGAAGAAGAAGCCGAAGAAGAAAAAGAAAUAGAAGUAGCAGUUACAGCGCUGUAGGCGAUUUAGUGCUGUCAGAUGGGAAGCACAAGAACAGAAAAAAGAUGGCGGAAAAGGAGCAUAACAGAAGGGGCUGCAUCGACGACGGAGGGCCGCUGGAGGAGGAAGGCAGAGUGAAAACUAAGCCUGUCUCUUGUAGCACAAUGGGAGGAGAAGGAACCUCUAUCAAACGCACAUCACAGCAUGUUACACCUGAAGAUGAAGAUUCAUCAAGUCCACCGGUACCCUGCAAGGUCUUCAAAACUGGCUUUAAAAUGAGCAGUCAGACGGGAAUGAAGUCCAACCCUAUAAUGAUCAAACUUGGAGCAACUAAACCCAAAGAACCUGCACCAACAGUUCCUCCAAAGAAGGCAGGACUGGCAUCUGUUUUUAAUGAAGAUGAUGACAGUGAACCUGAGGAAAUGCCUCCAGAAGCCAAGAUGAGAAUGAAGAAUAUCGGCAGGGACACACCAACAUCUGCAGGACCUAAUUCCUUCAACAAGGGCAAACAGGGCUUCUCUGAUCAUCAAAAACUUUGGGAGCGGAAGAUGAAGGCCCAAACAGACAAAUAGUGACUGCAGCGUCUGUCACAUUGGAUAAUUUUGUAUAAGCAAUGUCAUUUCAUAUAAUUAUGAAGGCUCAAUUGAUUAGGUAUAUAAAAAUGAGAAUAUUUUAAGCCUUCUACGAUACUCUGUAAUUCUUAUGUUUUUAACCACUACCAACUUACUAAGAUGAGAAGUUACAAAUCUUCAUGAUGAAAUUUGUCAAGUAAGAGGAGGCAACAACAUUAAUCAGAAAGUGCUACAUUUACUCUCUGUCCACCAUUUAGAAAAUAUACACGUAGAGUUUCUAUGCCUCUUUUGCAACAUCCUGUUUCCUAUCUGAAGCUGGCUAGGUGUAGACUGAGCCCUCCUUCUUGCUGGUCCAGCAUUUCUGUUUAAAUGUACAUACAAGUGUGUUAAUGUUUUAUUUCUUAAUCCACUAAUGGGAGUGUGUAUCUGUAAGUAGGACAUGGACCCACACAUGGCUUAGUUUAAUUUUCAGUUUUAGUGUCUGUGUUCAACGCUUUCAUCACAUUUUCCUAAUGAAAAUCCUCACGAGCAGUGGUUUCUUAAAAAUUUAGAUGUUGUGUUUUAUUUUCAUGGUUGUUUCCAGUUUCUCCUAUACACCUCCUGUAUUUGUUUCUAUUUUACAAAAUUUGGCAAAAAAGUAGAACCCGUUGAAAAGAUGGAAAUGUUUUUUUUAACACCUCUAUGAAGACCAGAAUCUUCCAGCCAUGAUGUUUACCAGGGUUAUUGUAAUAAUUAAUAUAUACUAGAGCAAGUGCUUGGCACAUUUAUGAACGUGUCAGUUACUUUACCAACAGAAAUCCAAUUUUUUCACUUUCAGAUAAAUCUGGUAUCACAGAUGCUUCUUCUUUGCCUCAACUCCCACAUGUCCCCUUACUUAUCUAUCCAUUUAUCUGUUAAGUUGUAACAACCAGAACUCAAUUUCUUUGAAUAUAUUUAAAAGCCAGUGAAAUAAAAAUAUACAUAUG